GAAGGCAUCUCAUCUUCCAAAGUAUUCCCAUUUCAUACUGUCUCAUAUGAGAUUAUACAUAUAUCCCCACACACACACACCCCUCAAUUAUUAGCUUUCUUUCCCAAAUACCAGUGUACCACUUUUCUCUUUCUUUCUCUCUUUCUAUUUUCUCUCUUUCCCAAACAGAGAGGAUAAUUCCAUAUCUUCUUCUCCAAUCCCAACCUCUUAAAUUCUUCUUUUUUUUUUUUUUUUUAAUAAUCUCUCUCUUAGAACUGCCUUAAAUUAAUUCUCAGUGUUUAUAUUAUUUGUUAUUAUAAUUAUUCCAUAUGGGGAGAGAGGAAGGUGGGGUUGUAAUAUUCGGUGCAAAAGAAGCAUCGAAGAUCGUAGAAGAGCUUGGAGCUAGUUUCUCUGCCGGCAAAACUCGAACCUACGAGUGGAGAAGAUCUCAGUUGAAGAGUCUUCUCAAAGUUGCCAAAGAACAUGAACAAGAAAUCAUCGAUGCUCUUAGCGGUGAUCUCUCCAAGCCUGAAUUUGAAGCCUACGUUCAAGAGAUAGCUAUGUUAAAGAACUCGUGUAAAUUGGCACUUAAGGAACUUAAACAUUGGAUGGCACCAGAAAAGGUUAAAACUUCAUUGACCACUUUUCCUUCAUCAGCAGAAAUAGUGUACGAACCAUUAGGUGUCGUAUUAGUCAUUUCGGCAUGGAACUAUCCUUUCUUGUUGUCACUGGAUCCAGUUGUUGGAGCUAUUGCAGCUGGUAAUGCUGUUGUUCUAAAACCAUCAGAAAUUGCUCCAGCAUCUUCAAAAUUACUCGCCAAAUUAUUAGGGGAAUAUAUGGAUACUUCUUCUAUAAGAGUUGUUGAGGGGGCUGUUGAGGAAACAUCUGCACUAUUGGAGCAAAAGUGGGAUAAAAUAUGUUACACAGGUAAUGCAAGAGUGGGACGCAUUGUGAUGGCAGCUGCUGCAAAGCACCUAACCCCUGUUCUUUUGGAGCUCGGAGGAAAAUCUCCAGUCAUUGUUGAUUCAGGCAUCAAUUUACAAGUUACAACUAGGCGGAUAAUUGCAGGCAAGUGGGGUUGUAAUAACGGACAAGCUUGCAUUUCUCCCGAUUACAUCAUAACAACAAAAGACUUUGCUCCCAAGCUGGUGGAUUCUCUGAAACUUGAAUUGGAGAAAUGUUAUGGGAAGAGUCCAUUGGAAUCAAAAGAUUUGUCCCGUAUUGUGAAUUCCAACCACUGGAAUCGCUUGAAAAAACUGUUGGAUGAUGAAAGAGUUUCUGGUAAGAUUGUACAUGGAGGUGAAGUUGAAGAAACCAAAUUGAGGAUCGCUCCAACCAUCUUGCUAGAUGUCCCACGAGAUUCUUUGAUCAUGAAUGAAGAAAUAUUUGGUCCUCUGCUUCCCAUUAUCACGGUUGAAAAACUAGAAGAGAGCUUCGAUAUCAUCAAUUCAGGAACAAAGCCCCUUGCGGCAUAUUUAUUUACCGAUGACAAGAAGCUAAAGCAGCUGUUUGUGAAGAAUGUCUCUGCUGGGGGUUUGGUCAUCAAUGAUACCACGAUACAUCUUGCUGUUCACACCUUGCCAUUUGGAGGAGUUGGGGAGAGCGGAAUAGGUGCUUACCAUGGGAAAUUUUCUUUCGAUGCUUUUAGCCACAAGAAAGCAGUAGUUUAUCGAAGUUUUGCCGGUGAUGCAUCGAUAAGGUACGCACCCUACACAAAAGGGAAGCUUAGAUUACUAAGGGCGCUGAUGGGCGGUAGCAUAUGGGGCAUAAUCAAAGCUAUCUUUGGAUGGUCUAAUUAGCGAUUUAAAAAGAUGAAUGGCAUGAGGGUGUGCUUCAUCCUCGAUGAUUUAAAUGUUUCAUUCUUUUUUGUUUUUUUUCCUUUGUAUUAAAGAAAGUUUGUCUCUGUAUAAUUUGGUACGCUAUUCCUGUGUUAAUUUAAACAUGGUGUAUUGGUUGCGGAAGUGAAAUUGAAAAUAAAAUUAUGAUAGUGUUUAUGCACAAA